GCGGGAUCCAGGCGUGGGGGGAAUCUAAGCCGCUCUGUGGCUCAAGAUGGCGGACAUCUCCUUGGACGAGCUUAUCCGGAAGCGCGGGGCUGCGGCAAAGGGACGGCUCAAUGUUAGGCCAGGAGUUGGAGGUGUUCGAUCUCAUGUUGGGAUCCAGCAGAGCUUUCUCAGCCAGCCAGCACGCACAGCCACCUUCCAGCAGAGGUUUGAUGCCCGGCAGAAGAUUGGCCUUUCGGAUGCGCGGCUCAAGCUGGGAGUCAAGGAUGCCCGGGAAAAGCUUUUGCAAAAAGAUGCCCGUUUCCGGAUCAAAGGGAAAAUGCAGGAUGCCAGAGAAAUGCUGAACUCCCGCAAGCAGCAGGGCACGGUGCCCCCAAAGCCCCACCAGGUGGCUGAUGCCCGAGAGAAGCUCAGCUUGAAGCGGAGUUCUCCUGCCACCUUCAUGAGUCCCCCCAUUGGGACAGUGACCCCAGCUCUGAAGCUCACUAAAACCAUCCAGGUUCCACAGCAGAAGGCCGUGACCCCGCCCCAUGCCCAUCCUGCUGGAAUGAGAAUUAAUGUCGUCAAUCAUCACCAGGCCAAACAGAAUUUAUACGACCUGGAUGAAGACGACGAUACUGCAGCUCCCAUUCCGAGUAAGAUGAAGUUUGCAGCCUCAGGCAGCUUUCUCCACCACAUGGCUGGGCUGAGCAGUUCCAAGCUUUCCGUGUCUAAGGCCCCCCCUCUCACCAAAGUGGUUCAGAAUGAUGCGUACACAGCGCCUGCACUCCCCUCCUCAGUUCGAACAAAAGCCUUGACCAACAUGUCCCGAACACUAGUGAACAAGGAGGAUUCCCCCAAAGAGCUGCCGCCUGCUGAGCCUAUCCUCAGCCCCUUGGAAGGCACCAAGAUGACUGUGAAUAAUCUGCACCCUAGAGUCACCGAGGAGGACAUUGUUGAGCUUUUCUGUGUAUGUGGAGCCCUGAAGCGGGCUCGGCUGGUCCAUCCUGGGGUAGCGGAGGUGGUCUUUGUGAAGAAGGAUGAUGCCAUCACUGCAUAUAAGAAAUAUAACAACCGGUGUCUAGACGGGCAGCCGAUGAAGUGCAACCUUCACAUGAAUGGGAACAUUAUCACCUCAGACCAGCCCAUCCUGCUACGGCUGAGUGACAGCCCCUCAGUGAAAAAGGAGAGUGAGCUGCCUCGCAGGGUGAACUCUGCCACCUCGUCCCACCCUCCUGCUGAAGUGGACCCAGACACCAUCCUGAAGGCGCUCUUCAAGUCCUCAGGGGCCUCCGCCACCCCACAGCCCACAGAGUUCAAAAUCAAGCUCUGAGUGGGGAGUGAGGCAGCCAGAGCGGGGGCAGAGGAGGGCGGCUCUGCUUCCCAAAGUGACGGUGGUGACCAGUAGGCCGUGGGGCUGGAGCCCCCGGCGGGGGGUAGAGAGCUUCCUCGCUGGACGGGACCGCCUUUCUGUGAUGUGUUCUACCCUGUGCUCAUUGUACGUUAACAUUUCCUGUAGUGUGUUUCUUCUCCCUCCACCUUCUCACCAAGGUAGGUUUGUGUUGCUCCAAGUGUCUCCUACUGACCUCGGCCCCAAGCUGAUUUCUUAUCUGGAAAUAUGUCCUCAAUUCUUUGCGUGGCUUUCUUGUGGCUCCAUGGCACACAAGACACAGGGCAGGGGCUGUUUGAAGGACACUCUUUUCUCCAGGGGUGAGGGGCUUGCCCCCCCUCUUUCUUUUUUAAACUUUGCAAACAGAGUGGAGGAUGGAAGCCCCUGCCAUCCUAAAGGGGGCCAGGUCAGCUCCAGAGAUGUGCCACUCACGUGCCUGGCCAGCGGAGAUGGCCAGUGUGGGCAUCGGCUCACAGGCCUCGACACAGUGUGGUCUGGGGAGGACCCUGCUGGCAAGGGUGGGGGGCUGCUACUCUGCUGGGAAGAGGGCGCCCCAACUCUUGGCUGGAGGGUCUGUGCCGCCUCAGGCAAUGCAGAGUAAAUCCCAAGGUCACAUUUCCCUUUCCCACUGGGUUAUGCCAAGGAGGGCUCCGCCACCUCUCGUGGCCUCUGGUCAUCGCUGCUGAGAGGGCUUAUGUUGCUGGCCCUUCAGGUUCUCACUAGCCCAGGGCUCAUCACACCCUGGUUUCGCUUUUCCGUAGCUCCGUGACACGGGGUUUGGAGGACUAUUGAAAAGGGAGGUACUGAUUUGCUCCUGGCACUUUCUUUCUGGCCUCAGAUGUCCGUAGGACAGUAGUUAGGGAUGCUGGGAGUAGAUGGGCAGCUGCCACCAAGGGGCACAUUCUCCACUAUUAUAAGUGACCCGUCCAUCUGUGGCCAGAGAGAGAUUUUCCUGCCUUAGCAAUGGGGGGAGAAAGGAAUGGUGGGUGGUGAGGAGGGACUGAGAGAGUGAAACAGCCCUUUCAGGCAGGUGGGGGGUUGGUCCCUCAGCAUGGUUCGAGGGAGCCGGGGCAAAUUUGCAGACCCCGGGGGCAGUCCCGGCAGUAUCACUCUGGAGUCAUCGUCAGUCUGCCACUGGUUUGUUGGGACGCUUAAGGGAGCCCAGGCUGACAGAGCCAGAGAGAGUUGGGGAGCAGGAUUCUGGGAGCUCUGCAGGGUCAGCAGCAAGUUCUGUGAAAGGCACAAGCCUAGGAAGGAAAGGGGGCCGAAGCACUAAGAGCCUCUGCUUGGGGCCAGCCCAGUGAAGAAAAACCGGGACACUCAUGUUUCCACAGAGUUAAAUCUGUCAAGCAGGAAAGACCCAGGGUUUGAACCCAGCUCAGUCCUCCAGCUCCGAGGUUGCACAAGCCUGGCCAGUCCAAGAAAUCUGCCUGGUGGUGCUCCACCUCCCUGUUCUUAAAGAGCGCAGUUUUUAUUCCCUUCUUCCCCCUUUGAAUGGGUGCAUACUUAGUUCUCAGCAGCUGGAAGACAUUCCUCCUACGCGUCCCUGAAAUUUCUUGGCCCAAGAGAGCACCGAAGACAGUAGGACCUGUUCUCUUGGGUCCUGAGGCCACUCUGGCCACUGUUCAGCUUUGGCUCUGAGUGGCAGUGGGAAGCGUCCUUCCUGCCCGCUGGUCCUACCCUGCCCCCCCUCCAGUCCCAUGCCAGCUACUCUGUUGCCAGAAUUUGUGGGGCCAGCUGCAGCCCUGGCCGCCCGGACCCAGUCCUCAGGAGAGCCUGUGGUGCGCUGUGGAAUGAAGCCUGCCCGCCUCCCCCGGUCUGCCGGGUGGCAUCCUGGGAGAGGGGAGAGAAGGCGGUGGUGGGCCAAUCCUUGUGUUCCUCUCAACUUCCCGCUUCCCUACAUUUCUCCAUCUACUUUGUGUGUCUCUCAAAAGAAGAGGAAGAGGCAUGAAGGGAUGGAGGAGACUCUGUUACUUAAGACAUUUCUGAAUAAAUG